UGGCGGUAUAGGUUGUAAGCAUGUUGUAGGUGUUCUGUGAGGUUGCUUAAAAGAGUAAUAGAAUCAAGAAAUUCAUUUAUGGCUUGUUUAACAAGAAUCCUUCGAUUCAAUCAAUUCAGACAUUGCCUGACUUUUGCGCGUAACAUAACCUCAAAUAAUGUCCCCGUCAUAACAUCUCUUAUCCCACAAGUAAGUUUAACAAAUAAUCCAUGGAUAUGGCAAAAAAAUGAUAAAGUGGAAACACCAAAAAUCAAAAAUAUAAUUCACAUUGAUUUACCCAACGGUUUAAAAUAUGUACCCCCAUUGGAGGACCCGUCUUUAAGUAAAGGAAUCGAAUUACCUACCAUAAAUGGGGGCAUUACGAAAGAAGCAGCGCGUUUGAUUGCGAUAAGACGGCGCAAAAUGAAAAGGCACAAGUUGAAAAAAUUGAGGAAAAGAAUGAAGUUUGAGUGGGCAAAAAAACGGCAAAGACGCGAAUGGAACAAAGAAAAACUUUUCCAAGCCGAACUUAUCCAACAGUGUAAAGACGGCGAGGCUUUUUCAGCUGAAAAGUAUGUAGAAGAACGUUUAGCUAAAUUAAAGGAAGUCAUGGCACUAAAAAACAAAGUUAUAAUAAAAACAAGUGUAUUGGUGCGACAGAUGAAACAAAACAUGAAAUGAUUAUUUUGAGCAUGGAGUAAAUAGGUGAAUUAAA